AGGUAGGGCUUUGUUACCUGUAGAGGGAUAAAUGUCGCACUGCACGGAACAAGCUGGUUUAAAACCCACAAGAUGAACUGUUGGCUUAUAGUAUUGACCGGGUAAACUUUAAGUUUCAUGUGUUGACCAAAUAAGCAUUGCGUUCCACGACUUCGAUGUAAGGUAAGAGUGACAAACGUUGAUGAUACUCCACUGAGUAUAUGCCAAGCUCUCGUCGUAAACAUCUUCUAUAAUGCAUGGGCAAAUUGGUCUCGCUUUUUCUAACCAGAGGGAAUUUUUAUGCGCUCCUUUAAAUGUAUGUACGUGUUUGAAAGUAAUUGAAAAACUCACCGAUGAGUCAAAGGGUACGAUGAGGUCAAACCCUGGAAACGAAACUUUGCGACGAGGAUUUGAUCACAUCUUUCAGACAACUGUUUAGAAGAGUGUUGCAUUAACUUUUCGGCAUACCUUAGUUAAAUCUACCUUCGUGUAAAGAAGGUACUUGCGCUUUAAAAAGAGGUUUCAUAGCUUUAAAAGGUAUAAAAAAAUUUCCUCUCUGUUGGAUAAAAGCAAUUUUAUUUCCUAAAACUGCCCAGGAUAAUGCACACUGGCUAAGAUGCUGCACCACUUCGUUGCACUGUUUGCUGUGGCCAUACUUCCUUCACGUGAAGGGAUUUCCAGUCCUCAUCCUGCAAUCGAGUGCACAAACCACACAGUUUUAAACGAGGCAAGCAGAUCUAGGUUUUUUACCAACUACGUUCACGCCAGCGAUACCUUACUAACGGGCUGGUUUACAUACAAUGGCUCAGCCGGUACGCGCAUGGCUACAACCUGCGUUCCCGCUGAUCACUGCGGUACGCUCGUUCCUGGAUGGCUGGCGGGUAACCAUCCAAGUGUAGACGAAGGUUUAGUAGUACGAUCAGUAUGUCUCUCCAAGUCGCAAGUUUGUUGCAUGACGUCUGUGAGUGUACUUGUGAGGAACUGCAGCGGCUUCUUUGUUUACAAACUGGACGUGAAUGCAAGUUUAAGCUUUACUUUUCGAGUGUGUGGAGCUGGUAUUGAAGGAUCAUUGCCGCCUAAGCAAGUAGCAAUCAAGAAUAACUACGAAUGGCUUCAAAACUAA